AUGAACGAGGAGGAAUUGGAUGGACCGAUCCCUAAGGAUACCAUUGCUAGAAUCUUGCAAUUGGAGUCGUUUGGUGAAGAGACUCGUAUUUCUGCAGAGUCCGUUGGAAUUCUUCAAAAAUACAUGGAGCUGUUUGUUCGAGAAGCAGUGCUGCGAUCGAUUGAGAACCGUGAACAGAAACAAUCCAACAUCGAAGCACUUAAAAAGGCUCCUGCUAAGGCCAACCCGGAUCAACUGCAGACCUUCCAACAUAGCUUCAAUGGCAUCGAGCUAACCCAUGAGGACUUAGAGGAAAUAUCAGGACUCUUGCUAUUAGACAUGUCGUAA